AUGGAGGGACGUCCAAUUUCGGAUCUUAAGGUUGCCGAGCUUCGCAAGGAGUUGGAGAAGCGCAACCAAGAUAAAACCGGUGUUAAACAGGUUUUGCUGGACCGUCUCAAAGAGACUUUAGAAAAGGAUGGUCACGAUCCUCAAACCUAUCGUUUCAGAGAUGAUGAUAGUGUUAAAACUGACCUAGAGAUAUCGGAUCAUUCGCCCGCAAAUGGUGAUUUACUAGGAGCUGAGAAAGUUGGAUCCAUCACGAAAAGACGUAGUCCGUCAGAUGACGUAUUGAGUGAUGAAUAUAUUAUCAGUGAACAUUCAUUGCAGAAAAAGAUUACAGAGGAAACUGUCACAUACGUUGUUCAAGUUGGUGAGCAAGAGGAAGAUUUAGAUUAUGAUUUGAAAUAUGGGAACAAUGACGUAUCCGAAGUCGCAGGCGCUUGGAAAGACACCCAAGUCAAAGAUGAAGAACUUGACAAACAUAGACCAGAAAGUUCAGUUACUACCCACCAGAUUAAUGGUAUGUUCCAUUUGGUUAAGUUACACUUUACGUGCCAGAAAGCUGUAGAAAUUUGUGGAUAA